AUGAAUAGCACCUGCAUUGAAGAGCAACAUGACCUAGAUCAUUAUUUGUUUCCAAUCGUUUACGUCUUUGUAGUCAUCGUCAGCGUGCCAGCCAAUAUUGGAUCUCUCUGCGUGUCUUUUCUGCAAGUGAAGAAGGAAAAUGAAUUGGGAAUUUACCUUUUCAGUUUAUCCCUAUCAGAUCUGUUGUAUGCAUUAACUCUCCCUCUCUGGAUUGACUAUACUUGGAAUAAAGACAACUGGACAUUCUCUCCUGCCCUGUGCAAAGGGAACACUUUCUUAAUGUUCAUGAAUUUCUACAGCAGCACGGCAUUCCUCACCUGCAUUGCUGUCGAUCGGUAUUUAGCAGUCGUCUACCCUCUGAGGUUUGCAUUUCUGAGGACAAGAAGAUUUGCAUUCAUGGUUAGUCUAUUUCUCUGGAUAUUAGAAUCCAUCAUCAAUGGAGUCAUUUUGUGGGAAGAUGAAACAGCUAUUGAGUACUGUGGCACCAAGAACCUUAGUUACACUUUAUGCUAUGACAAAUACCCUUUGGAGAAAUGGCAAAUCAGGUUUAACUUGAUCCGCACAUGCACCGGCUAUGCCAUCCCUUUGAUCAUCAUCCUGAUUUGCAACCAGAAAGUCUACCACGCUGUGCAGCGUAAUCAAGCCACGGAAAACAGUGAGAAGAAGAAAAUCAUAAAACUCUUGGUUAGUAUUACAUUGACUUUUGUCUUGUGCUUCACUCCCUUUCAUGUAAUGUUGCUCGUCCGCAGUGUUUUAGAGCAUGACAUGAACAUUGCUCAGUCUAUGUUUGAUCACAAUAAACGCGGAAAGCAAACUUAUAAGAUAUAUAGAAUCACCGUUGCAUUAACAAGCUUAAAUUGUGUCGCUGAUCCCUUUCUGUACUGUUUUGUCACUGAAACGGGGAGAUCUGACCUCUGGAAUAUAUUUAAAUUUUGUACUGGAAAACUAACUAAGGCAAAAAGGCAAAACAAAAGCACACUUUCUGUGUCUACAAGAGAUACUAUGGAAUUAGACAUCCUGGAAUAG